ACCGGACUCACGGCCGCCGUGCUGACGGCGUCGAUGGUGAUUCCGGAGGUUGCUGAGGCUGCCGGUCCUGGAAUUUCUCCGUCGCUCAAGAACUUCUUGCUCAGCAUUGCCGCCGGUGGAGCGGUGGUGGUAGCCAUAGUCGGAGCUGUUAUCGGCGUGUCGAACUUCGAUCCGGUCAAGCGUAGCUGAGCCUGAAAGCAAACAAAAAAAAGCAGUAAUUGUAAUUUUUUCGUCUUCUCUUCUCCAUCGUUUUUUGUUGCAAGCUGCUGUCUGUGGUAAUGUAUGCAUUUCACCUGUAACUUAUUUCACCUCUAAUUUCUUCAAUUUCUGUCAUCUCUCCUCCUUUAUUGUCCAUUGAA